UGAUUUGUUCCUUUCACAAUCCUGGCUGUGGGCUGUAAUUUCUACAUCUGCUCACUGCAACACGGAAAGUUUGGAAUAUGAGACCCAGAUUUAACUUCCCUACCAGCUGCUAGCCUAAAACCACCCGAGCAGUGUGUGCCUGGAUGCAGAGGUGCCUGCCUGGGAGAAAUGUGUGCUGUCACUGUUCCUUACUAUUUGCAGCCAUUUUAGUCCUGGAAAAUCGAGACCUUCGAGAUGCAAUCAAGCCACAGGGGGUACGGUUUUACUCACUGAACUUCAACAAUACGCUGCGCUGGCUGCCUGGAAGGGCUGGAGAGGGAGAAACCACACUCUACUUUGUGCAGUAUAAAGUGUAUGGGCAGAGCAAGUGGCAAAACAAAGAAGAGUGCUGGGGGAUUCAGAGCCAUUUCUGUGACCUGACAGAGGAGACUUCUGACGCCUAUGAGGCCUACUACGGCAGGGUGCAAGCUGCUUCAACCGAUAUCCGCUCCGACUGGAGCCUCAGCUGCAGAUUCACUCCCUGGCGAGAAACUAUGAUAGGACCUCCAACAAUAAAGGUGGUUCACAGCAACAAAUUUGUAGUACUAAAGCUCCGGGCUCCACGUUCGGCUUAUAAAAGGAAGAGAGGCAGCAUGAUACCAAUGACAAAUUAUUAUGAUCUUCUGUACCAAGUCUUCAUAAUUAACAACUUGCUAGACGAGGUGCCAAGGCGCAAAGCACAUAAGGACACCUGUGACAUUGGCCACAGCAAGCUUAAGUUUGUGUCCUUUCUAAGAGAGGAAACCAGGAAAUCUUCAGACUUUGAGCCUGUGCUUCUGGGUGCCUCCUGGCUAUAGCAUAACUGUAACAGAUUGUCCUUCUUCUCCUUCAUCAAGUGAUGCAUAACAUUAGUCUUUCUUGAGAGACAGUCAAUAGUUCAGGCUAAGGAGCUUGUUUCUAGGUGAUUUCCCCACACUGAUGCAGAGCUUUCCCCAUACUGUACAAGGCAGAACAACUUACAGAGGUACAAGAGGGGUGCGGGCAGAAGGAAUCUUCAGUUGAAGUCCAUAGCAUGCAGCUUAAACAUGCACUGCAGCAGCAGUUCUUUCUCUUCCCAGUUAUUGCAAUAAUGGUGGAGGCUGCCUCCUGUUACAGGCCCAGCUGUAAACUGACAUCUGGGGUCUAAAAUAUGGCUGGACUACAUAUGUGGAUGCUUUUUAAAUUAAACUUUGCUGCAUUAAAUAAUUAAUGCAUCACAAUCAUUUAAUGUUACACAAAUCCCAAGGAUUCCUUGUAUGCCCUAUAGCACAAUUUAAGACAAUAUGUAUCUGCAUUUACAGAGCAAAGAGUCUUAUAUUGUAAUAAAAAAAAUGUGAAAAGCACUUGUGAAAAUAUCUUUAAGAUUGUUGCUACGGUUUUCUAUUUUAAAACUUGAAGUUAAAAUACGAUUUAUGAAUUAGAAGUUUCAACACUUUGUUUCUUCUAUAACAAAGAUUGUAGAAGAAAGUGAAAUAGAAGUCCUUUAAAAUAUGUGUGCUCAGUGCUAUGCCUUCAUAGUGUCCUCAGUAUAACAUUUCUGGUAGUGAAACCAUCAUACAAUUAGACAGGAAAUCAUGUAAACUGAAACAGAAAAGAUCCUUGCUUUCAGUUAAUGACAGACAUUUAAGGGGAAGAGACCUCUAUUUUAAACCAAUACAUGAUGAACAAGCUCUGUCCAUCACCUGUCAUUUCCAACGAUUCAACUCUUCCUUGUCUUCGUCUCACAAGAGAGAAGUUUUCCUGGGCAAGGACUGAGUAGAUACACACUAAGCCACCGAUGGAGAGGGAAAGUGGCUUUUGUCAGUUCUACUAGGUCUGUAACUAAUAAUAAUCUUUAUACUUAACAUCAUUCUAUUAUUGGGAAUUAUAUGAGGCAGUGAGAGAGGGCCAGGCAUAAGAAACCAAAGUUUUACCCUUGGGUAAAUGGAGUUCCCUGCUACAUUGUUGCUCUCCACUUUUCCCUUAAUUUACAGAUACUGGGGUGAAUUAGUUAAUUCUAAAUGAGAGACCUUGAGUUCAUUUACACCCCGUUCGAACUAUUUUCCAUUUUUUUGUCGUCAGCACCUCACCUACAAGCAGCACUGCUGAAAGCAGCAGCAGGAUGCCAGCAGCACGAAUCUGGGAGGAGGCCUUGCUUAAGUAAGUGAAUGCUGGUCACUUGUGCCCUUACGAAAAUGAAAAAAGACAUCACAUAUUAAAUAUUUCCACCAUCUGAUUCUAACACGUGAUGUAUUUGACGACCUCUCUUGCAAGUAUCUAACCAUGUCCACACACACAGUCCAUAAAAUCAGGUUUCCUGCUCAGUACUUCCCUAUUUACUCCUCUCCCACUUCAUCCAGUGAUUUUACUGUGCCCCUAUUGCACAGUUUCUUAAUUCAGGUACAUUUAUUUGGGAAAUGAGACUACUUAAACUUCAAUACAAUACCUAGCCCCAUGACAAAUUCCAGAUCUCAGCAACUGCUGAUAAGCUGCAAGAACUGCAUGCAAUCUGCAUGAUGCUGCCCUGCUCUACCCCUUGCACUGGGCAGAACCUCCAUAAAACUGCUCAGGCAAAGAGUUAGGAAACAGCACGUUGUGUAUUGCAGCACUGGUGACUUCAUCCACUUGUGACUUAUCACAACCUAAAGAUAUUUGCAGUAAUUCAAGUUCUUUCUCAAAUUCACUUCUUGCCUUAGUGCAGCUCAUUUUACCCUUGUUAAACUAAGAUAAACUUUUAUUAUGGUCACAUCUACUAAUCCUGGUCAGGGAACAGUCUCUAGAUACUGUAUCCAUGUCAGAUUCAGAGCAUAAAAAUGUUUAGGACUCUAAAUCUUCAGCAGAAUUUAUGAAGAAGAAGGUGCCUGAAGAGUUUAGACCUGGCUAGGAAUGUAGUAGGUGCUGUGCUAUAGAAUCAUAGAAUCCUCAGAGUUGGAAGGGACCUUUAAAAGUCAUCUAGUCCAACUCCCAACUCCUACAGACUCACAGAAGUUGGAAACCAAAUUAUUUUUCUUUUUAACUUGAUAAAAUUAUACAGAACUGUACACUGGGAAAAAGAAUUAGAAAUCUGAAGAAGUCUUGUGCUGUCAUAUUUGCUAAGAAGAUUUCACUUCCUUAGCAACAACAGAGCCUUACAGAAAGUGGUGCAAGAGUUGCAGGAAUUUCUUCCAUUCUGAAAGCAACUUGAUUUAUUAUUAACAACCCCAUGAUGUUCUGCAAAAGUCAAUUUUCUCUUUCUAUUUGGAAUGUGAAUUUAUUUUUGGCAUGGCUCUGCAAUGUAAUUUUACAAGGGAAGGUUCUGGUAAAAUGGUUAGUGCCAUAUUUUUCUCCACAGGCAGCAAUAGUGCCCUGUUCCCACAAGAAGUUCCAUUGGGUUUGCAGAACAGAGGGUUCAUGCAGGGACAAGUACUUCACUGUAGCAGGUACAAGCUGCAUGAUCUGCACCAACAGCACGUAGAUAGUGCUGGUAAUGCUGUUGCUUUUAAAAACAAAAUUUUUGAUGCCUUAGCCCAUAUGCUGCACUGCUGUUAAUAUCUCCGUGAAGGCAGAAAGGAGGAAUAACUUUCUCCUAGGCUCUGAAUUACAGCCGGGCUUUCCAGAAGGCAAGGGAGUUUGGAAAUAAUUGGAAAAGUGAAUUCUGGCCUUCUUCCCCCUUCCUUCUCAUGGGUACAAGGUCAUCUCUGGUGUGGGUCCACCUCUCAGAGCUGAUAUGUUGGGUGUUCAGCACAUGUGCACACAAGGCAGGAUGCCUUCAAGUUGUUUGCUUGAUCCCCACAAUGGGGCUGUCCAUGUAGUGCACAUGCUGGAACUCUCCUGGCCUCUUCUCUGCUGUGAACUGUGGAGGGCCUUCUGCAAUGAAGCCUGAAUAGGGCGGAGGAGAGUAGUGUCCACGCAAUUCCCCUACAAGCUUGCAGGGCCUAGCUGUACACACAACCUCCCCCCAGUUUUUUUUCCACCAGACACUUCCCAGCAAAGAGAUAAAGCCUGGGUUGAAACCAGAUGAUCAUCAUGGCCCUCUUCAACCCAGUCAUUCUAUGGUUGCUAGAGCCACAGCAUUUCCAUUAAGUGGAAAGAUGAAGCAGAAGAACAAAAUCAGGACUUGCACAAUUUGUUCUCUAAGAUCUCGCCUGCUGCAUCACUGGGGAUGUCCACAGUCACGCACAUAGUCUGUCGCAAUGGCCUCAUCUGGCCACGUCCUCCUGUCACAGCUGGGGAUCCUGCCAUGGAGAAAUAAAUAUUACAUCUUUCAGAGUAUGCCAUUAUUGAUCUUUCUGUGAAGUGGAUCCCAUCCCACAAGGCCAACCCUUUCUACCUCACCAUGCUGAACAUUACCUUAUCUGUGGAAUAGAGUAGCAGCUAAUCUCCCACUGUGAAUGAUACCAACUUCCUUUUCCACUGGCACACACAGCUGCAAUAUUUGACUACUAGGCAUUCAAUAGCAGACUUCUGGAAAAGCUGAUGGAGCAACAGCAAUGGAGCAGAUGCUUCAGCCUUAUAAAUUAGGAGAAUAUUAUGCAUAGCCAGCUGUACCAUAUACAUGCCCAGUUUUAUACGAUGCCAUGAUCCUUGGCGUUCAUCAUAUGGUCUAGCACUGGGCCAACCCUGUUCACACUUCCCAUAUAUUUGCUCUAAUCAGAUUUAAAUUUGGGGGUUAUUUGCUUGCAUGACUUGAUCUUAUGUAAGAACCUUCCUCAUGGCCUAAGGGCAGGGUAUGAUUGUGAAAUUAUGUUGGUUUUUGCAUCAGAUCGAUCAGGUGUUAUCAAGUAUUCCACUCGCAGUGAACUUCUCCUAACUAGACGACUUUCUGUGGAUUUCCUAUGGAUUUUGAUGUUUGCUACAAUGAUUGAAGGUAUUAAUCUGUAGUAAAAAAAGAAGCAAAACAACUCCCGAGAGUUAGUUUGCCACAAAGGACAUAAAACAUAUAGUAAGAGUACAUGUGCAGAGAAACAGGGAAAGAAAUAGCACUGGUGUUCAUCACCGUAAAAAUGUACAAUAUCCUUAGCUGCUUGUUUUCAGGUUCUUUCAUAAAAUGCUUUCAAGAAGAAAAAAGCUUGAUAAUUGAAUUUCCCAAAUGAUGAAAUAUCUUGCUGUUGUACUGCUGUUCUUACAAGUUGAUUUUGCUGAUGGCCUGUCUCAAACAGUCCUUGCUGCCAGGAUUUUGUCUUGAGAUGGGGAAAAAAAAAACAAAAAGGAAGGUUGAGCCUUGAUGCGUAGAAGAAAAUUUCAAAAAGAUUCCUUGAGAAGGAAUUUACCUGACGUAAAUACUGAAGAUUCAAAACCACUCUUAUUUCUUAAAUUAUUAUGUUCCUUUCUAAGGUAUAGAUUGUAAGGACACCUUACACUGAUUCACAUAAACACAUACCCUCAGCGCUGACAAAAUGCAGCCCAACAGGAUGACAUGGUGGGGACUCCAGUGGCAUCCUUAUGCUUAAACAGAAGAAGGGAUAAGUGAACAUCCACUGUGCUAACUGUUGUACUUACAAGAGUGAUUGUAAAACUAUCAUUACAUUAAUGUCUUUAUGUCCUUCAAGCAAUGUCAUUCUGUCAUGAUAGGGGCACUGUUUAUUAAUUCUGGGUUUUUUUGUUUAUUUAUUUUUGUAAUAAAUCAUAUUGAUUUCAAGAAACA